AUCCCAAGCUUCCUUUUUAUAUGCAAUGUAUUUCUUAGGAUAAAAAAAUAUUCUAAAAAUGAGAAGAACAAAAUCGUUGUUUUCAAACUUAAGACAUGUUAAUAUUAAAGUGCCAAGAAACAACAAAAACUGUUAGGCCAAUGCCACAUCAGGAGUCAUCGCAACCGAAGAUAUUCAUCGCAUUACAUAAAGAAUAUUUCCUUGAUUGCAAACUAUCACCCACCAGUCUUCAUCUAUAAAUAGCAGGUUCGUGUACCCCAAUGGACCCCAGUGAACCCUGUUGCUCCCCAGCCCAAACUAUUCCCAAUCUCCAACUUCGGUACCGCUGAACCAUACGCUACGCGUAUUUUUGUACAUUUCCAAUCGCACCCCGCACAACGUUUCUUAAUUUCGUCCGCAUCCCUUUGUCGUCGUCUCUCUCCUCUUCCUCUCUCUCUCUCUCUCUCUCUCUGUCCAAUAUCUCAACUCAAGGCUUCCGAAAGCUCUCCAUCAAACCCUCUCUCCUCAUCGAAACCCUAAGUCAAAAAUCUCUCAGUGAUGAAACAAUCCCCGUCUAUUGUCUCCAAUAUUUGAUUCAAAUUGAUUGCGGCGAUCGAUUAGCGUCAUCCUGAUCGUAAUUUCGAGGCCUCCCGGUGUCGAAUCUGCCCGGUAGGUUUUCGAAACGUCGUAGCGAUCACGUGGCUUUUGAGGCAUGGGGCUGGGCAGAUGAAGGAUGCCUGAGCUCCGUAGCAGAGUGCGCAGGGGCCGGGCGCAGGCGACCCCAGCAGUCCAGGCUGAGCGACCGAAUGAGAGGAGGCGGCGGGCGGCGAGGAACCAGCAGCCGGUGGAUGAGAACCUGCCAGUGGCGAGGUCUGCCGAGCCGCAGGAGGAGAUCAGGCUUGCGGAGGGUGGCGGCGAGGUCGGGGGGGUUGUCGGGGAGGUGAAUCUUGAAGGGAUCGGCGAGAGACGGAUGGAUGAAUAUGAUAGUGGGGCGAGGAGCGCCGAAAAACUUCUCCCCCGUGGCGAGGACGAGGGGAGCGCCGCUCCCCUUCCGGUAAAGGUCCAGGUUGGCAGUUCACCAGUAUACAAAAUUGAAAGAAAACUAGGGAAAGGAGGAUUUGGGCAAGUUUAUGUAGGUCGCCGUGUUUCAGCUACUAAUGCAAAUGAUAGAAUUACUGGUUCUGGUGCUGUAGAGGUAGCAUUAAAAUUUGAGCAUAGGAGCAGUAAAGGCUGCAACUAUGGGCCCCCUUAUGAAUGGCAAGUGUACAACACACUUGGUGGUAUUCAUGGGGUACCACGAGUUCACUAUAAGGGUCGCCAAGGGGAUUAUUAUAUCAUGGUUAUGGAUAUGCUGGGACCUAGUCUAUGGGAUGUAUGGAAUAGCAAUUCACAUUCAAUGUCAGUUGAAAUGGUUGCAUGUAUUGGCACUGAAGCAAUUUCUAUACUGGAGAAGAUGCAUUCUAAAGGAUACGUACAUGGGGAUGUAAAGCCUGAGAAUUUCUUACUUGGGCCACCUGGGACUCUUGAGGAGAAGAAACUGUUUCUUGUUGAUCUUGGUUUAGCCACCAAGUGGAAGGAUAGUGCGACAGGGCUGCAUGUGGAAUAUGAUCAGAGGCCAGACGUUUUCAGAGGAACAGUUCGCUAUGCCAGUGCUCAUGCUCACCUAGGAAGGACAGCAAGCAGGAGAGAUGAUUUAGAAUCCCUGGCAUAUACAUUAAUCUUUCUUCUCCGAGGUCGUCUACCUUGGCAAGGAUACCAGGGAGAGAACAAGGGCUUCCUUGUGUGCAAGAAGAAGAUGGCUACAUCUCCAGAGACUCUGUGUUGCUUCUCUCCCCAGCCAUUCAAACAGUUUGUUGAGUAUGUGGUCAACUUGAAGUUUGAUGAAAAACCUGACUACGCAAAAUGCAUUUCCCUUUUUGACGACAUAGUAGGACCUAAUCCAGAUAUCAGACCCAUUAACACUGAUGGAGCUCAAAAGCUUAUAUACCAGGUAGGUCAAAAGAGAGGUCGUCUGAUGAUGGAAGAAGAGGGUGAUGAACAACCAAAGAAGAAGAUCAGAAUGGGAAUGCCUGCAACACAGUGGAUCAGCGUCUAUAACGCUCGGAGACCUAUGAAACAAAGGUACCAUUACAAUGUUGCCGAUGUAAGGCUUGCACAGCAUAUUGAGAAAGGGAAUGAAGAUAGUUUAUUCAUUAGUUGUGUUGCAUCUUGUUCAAAUCUUUGGGCAAUUAUCAUGGACGCAGGCACUGGUUUCACUUCUCAAGUUUAUGAAAUGUCUCCAAAUUUUCUUCACAAAGAAUGGAUAAUGGAACAGUGGGAUAAGAACUAUUAUAUUACUGCAUUAGCAGGGACAAACAGUGGUAGCUCUUUAGUCGUAAUGUCUAAAGGCACACAGUAUGUACAACAGUCUUAUAAAGUUAGCGAGUCAUUUCCUUUCAAGUGGAUAAACAAAAAAUGGCGUGAAGGUUUCUAUGUCACCACAAUGGCAACUGCUGGAAGUAGAUGGGGAGUUGUCAUGUCCCGAAAUGCUGGCUUCUUGGAUCAGGUUGUCGAACUUGACUUUUUGUACCCUAGUGAAGGCAUUCAUCGAAGGUGGGAUGGCGGUUUUCGCAUAACUGCUACUGCUGCAACAUUGGACCAAGCUGCCCUUGUUCUUAGUGUACCCAGAAGAAAGCCUGCAGAUGAGACACAAGAGACACUUAGAACAUCUGCUUUUCCUAGUCAACAUGUGAAGGAGAAAUGGGCAAAAAAUCUUUACAUAGCCUCUGUCUGUUAUGGCCGCACAGUUUCAUGAUGUUCCACUUUCUAUUUUGGGUUGGACAGAGGCGUAAUUGGCUCGAGUAAACAUUACGUCAUGCUGUUUCUUAAAGGCUAGGAAGAUGUUGAAGAUGCAGAAGGCUUCUUCUAAUGUGUUUAGGCUAGAGAAUUUAAGGUGCGAGCUUCAUUCAAGAUUGUCAUCUUAAUAUUGGCCACAUCUAACAUGUGGUGCAGUAUAGAAGCCAAGUCCUUUGAUGCCUUGCAUGAUCUGUUGCAAUCAGAGCUGAUUUGAUGUAGUUAGCGUUAGGUUUGUACAGUCAAUAAACGGCUACCUGUAGGUAAUUUUCAGGGGAGUUAAAAUGUCUAUCAGAUGUAAUUUUGCACUUAACUGAUGGCAUUGUUCCUCCAUUUUGUCUAAUUAACUGUAUCAUCUAUAAUCAGGAGCAUCUAUUUAAACUGCUACAAUUUAUUCUCUAUUUGUUCAACACAUUGAUGUCUACAACCUUCUUUAUUA